AUGGGCUUGUAUACUAUGAAAACAUCUCCACAGGCUGAUAAAAUUGUAGAAGAAACUAACUCAUGGGCUAAGAAGGCAACAAAAGGGCUUAUCACAGAUGUUCUUCACGAUAUCCAUCCCAAUACGAAACUUCUCCUAGGAAAUGCUGUCUACUUCAAAGGAUCUUGGAUUGAUGAAUUCGAUCGUGAACAGACUGAGAAUAGAGACUUUUACCCUCUCGACGGAGACAAAGUUUCAGUUCCCUUCAUGACCAGCAAUGAAAAUUACCUUUACGGAUCAUUCAAUGGUUUUAAAGUUCUUAAAAUCCCUUAUCAAAGCGGCCAAGACGAAAAGAUGUUCUCAAUGUAUUUCUUUCUUCCAGACAAGAGAGAUGGAUUGGAAAACCUGCUAACAAAGGUUAAUUCUGAUCCCGGGUUCUUACACAAACAUUUUGAGCUAAGGAGUGUCGAAUUCAAUGAGUUUUGGAUUCCAAAAUUUAAGUUCUCGUCUACCUUUGAAACGUCAAAGACCAUGAUAGAAAUGGGACUAACACUACCUUUCAUGGAAGACUGCAUGGAGCUGACAAAGAUGGUAGAACUUCCCUCUGGUGUACCAUUAUACAUCUCACAGAUAAUUCAAAAGGCUUCUAUUGAAGUAGAUGAGGGAGGCACAGAGGCUGCGGCUGUCACUAUGACUGAUUAUUGUGGUUGUUGUCUAGAAGCUGAUAUCCCAGAAACUGAAAACUUUGUAGCUGAUCACCCUUUCAUGUUCAUGAUCAAGGAAGAGACAUCUGGGAUGGUGCUUUUCACAGGAGCUGUAUUCAAUCCCUUUCUUUAA